AACCAACGAACCCUUUUUCUGAGAGGAAAAAAACCAACGAACCCUUUUAAACCGCCACAAGUUCUUAACUUCUUAUUAGUCUCCCACUUUUCUACCCCUAUCUCCCGAUAAACACACAACAAUCACAUUCAUAUGUUAUUUCAUCAACAACAAAUAUCAAUGGAUUCUUCAUCCACACCUGUAAAUUGGGAGACACUCGACGCUCUCGUGAUCGAAUUCGCCAAAUCAGAGAACUUAAUCGAAGAUUCAUCACCUGUUUCGUCCCCAUCUUCUUCAUCCGCAUCGUCUUCAUCGUUAUCUUCCGUCUCAUCUUCUACUUAUCAAUCUCGCCUUCUCAUUCGACAAAUCAGACGCUUGAUUGUGCUCGGUGACAUUGAUUCUGCUAUUGAUCUUCUCCGAGUUCACGCUCCCUUCAUACUUGAUGAUCAUCGUCUUCUCUUCCUCUUACACAAACAGAAAUUUAUUGAGCUGUUGAGGAAAGGAACUACGGAGGAUCGAGCAGCGGCUAUGAGUUGCUUGCGGACAGGACUAGCUCCUUGCGCACUUGAUGCAUAUCCUGAAGCAUAUGAAGAAUUUAAACAUGUCCUGUUGGCCUUUAUUUAUGACAAGAAUGAUAAGACGUCUCCUGUGGCUGAUGAGUGGUCUGAAAAGAAGAGAUUCGACAUUGCUGGAUUAAUGUCUUCUGUUUUAAGAGCACAGCUGCAUGCAUACGACCCCGUUUUCUCUAUGGCAGUGAGAUACCUAAUAAGCAUACACAAAGGAUUUUGCUUGCGUCAAGGAAUUUCAUCACCCAUUUCAGAUCUCACUGAGAGGUUACUUCUAGAGGAACGCGAUCCAGCUGCUAAACCGCAGGAGAGUUUGUAUGAAGCCCCUCCAUUUGAUGAGGUCGAUGUACAAGCACUUGCACAUGCUGUAGAGCUUACAAGACAAGGGGCGGUUGAUAGCUUGAGGUUUGCCAAGGGUGACUUGGUCCAAGCAUUCCAGAAUGAAUUAUGCCGGAUGAAAUUGGAUGUUACCGUUCUCGAUGACCUUGUCCAUGAGUAUUGUAUAUAUAGGGGAAUUGUUGAUUCUAGCUAUGCAUAUGCACAAGAAGUGCAGUUAUUGUCUGGACCACCGAAAAGUAAUUUGCCGGAGGCUGGAUGUUUAUCAGGGAUUUCAUCUGAUAUUGAAUGUGGAAGUAUCAAACAGGGUGCUGAGAUCUCGGGUGAUAUCUCUCAGCUAGCAUUUUCUAUUGAAGCAGAUGCAGAUAUGAUUUGCCCACAGACUAUUGACACUGAAGAUCGAUAUCCGUAUGAAACCACAAGCAACCACGAAGACUGUAGUACAAGUGGAACAAAUCAGACUGGAAUGUCAAAGGUCUUGCAAAGAAAUAGAGGGAAGGGGAUUGCAAAGAGGAAUAAACGCAAGCGUUGGAGAGGGAGACAGGAGGAUAUUGAGAUCACUCCUGAAGUAAUAAGUGGAGGUUGCAAGCAAGAUUUUAGCACCGUUAUGGCUCCUUCCAGCCCUUAUACGUCGAAGCUAAAGCAGGAGAAAUCAUUUGCAUUAGAUUCGGCAAGCAAUUUGGAAAGUAGGUAUGAGAUUGUGCUCAGACUGAAGGAAUUAGCAAGCAAAGGAAUGGCUGCCGAGGUCGUGGAAGAAAUAAAUGUUAUAGAUCCUAACUUUUUUGCACAAAAUUCCCUUUUGUUAUUCCAACUAAAGCAGCUUGAAUUUCUGAAGCUGGUGAGAACUGGUGAUCAUUCUAGUGCGCUCAAGAUUGCUUCUACUACGUUAGGCCCUUUGGGAGCUAGAGAUCCGACUUUGCUAAAACCGUUGAAGGAGACUUUGAUGACUUUACUCAGACCUAAUGAAAUGAUAUCAGGAGAUGAUUCGGCGCUGUAUGCUAUUGCAACUUCACUCCAGGUUGCCAUUGGUAGAAGGCUUGGUAUUGAAGAACCACGGCUUAUGAAGAUCCUAAGGACAACACUUCACACGCAUAAUGAGUGGUUUAAACUUCAAAUGUGUAAAGAUGUAUUCGAAGGUCUUCUUAGAAUCGAUUCACUUAAAGACAUUAGUAGUACCUCUUUGCUUGCUGAUUCUGCUUCCAAGGCAAUUGCAGAUACUUGCGCUCGUGACUCGUCCCAGGUUACAGUAUCAUCAAGUAUGACGAAGGAGGAUAGCAAUAGCCCAGCGCAAGUAUCAUCCAAAGAUGUUUUAUGUGAAGAAAGUGCAAUAAUUAAAGUAAUGGAAUUUCUUGCUUUGCCAAGGGCAGAUGCCAUCCACCUUUUAGUUCAGUACAACGGAAAUGCAGAGACUGUCAUUCAGCAGAUAUUUUCAUAGCUUUGGAUAUCUAUUGCGGCAAAACAGCAGUUUUAGUUUAUUUUUCAGAAUAUUAGAUUAUUUGAUUGGGCAAUAGUCAUUUUGUAAAUUUUCUAGGGAUAUGUUUUCUUCGUAUAGGAAGAUCUUUGCAAGUGCGAUACAGGCUGUAUGAAUGUGGUGAUUGCUAUUUUUGUGGCAUGUCCUUUUUUUCCAUUUUAUUUACAGUACUUGCAAAUAUAAUAAGAACGGACAUGGGAUAAUAUUCGCUGGGGU